AUGGGCUCAUUUAAGAAUCUUAAUUAUGGUCCAUUUAGAGAAAAUAUCCGUUUGUUUCUUCAAGAAUUUGCAGAAAAAUUUGAAGAUAAUGCAGUUCCCGGUAUGGCUUCAUGGUCCACUCUGCUGAUCAACGAAAAAAAGGGCAUCGUUUUUUCUUCUACACCUUUGAAGAAACCGUUGAGCAAUCUCUUGACCCGUUCUGCGAUUACUGCAAAUUCAGUGCCAUUGAAGGACAACUUCUUGGAUGUUCGAACUCAUAUUUUGUACGGUUUGAUCCAUUGCAACGGGUAUGGACAUCUGAUUUGCAUCAAUGGAGUCAAAGCGCCAUCCAAUUUUCUCAGUGAAACUGAUGCUAUGAACAUAUGGGAUCGAAUUUGCUCAACACUUUGCACCAGGAAAGUUUCAGUGCGGGAUGAAAUAAAUCUGAGAUUGUUGUAUGUUGUUGGAUAUGGGCAGAGUUGGAAGGGAAAGUAUGAGUCGGCAGUUGAGUAUCUGAGGUCAUUAAACCUUGAUAAGAUUAUUUCUGAUUUCAAGAAUAAAAGCAAAGGAGGAAGAAUUAAGCAGAUUAUCAAUAAGUAUAGAGGCGUGGCGGAUAUUCCAUUGAUUACCUUAAGUGAUUUGUUGAAGUUCAUGCUUGGAUUUGGAGGGCGAGCUCGAGUACAGGGAAAAAUAGAGAACAAAGUGGUUAAAAGUAGUUGCCAACAUGUUUUAAAGAGGAGGGACAAUGAAGAGCCAACAAGUUUUGAUGCACUUGUGACUUCAAUAGCUAACAGCUGUAGGUGGCCAGCAAGGAGGGUUGAGCAUGUGCUAAAGCAAAUUGUGAAUCUGCUGAAACAAAAUAAGGGGGGUUGUGAUGGAAAUUAUGGGGUUUCCAGGUAUGAAAUGCGUGAAGAGCUACGAAAAUGUGUUGGAGAUACAGGUUUGAUUGAUUUUGUGCUCAAAUCUGUCAACUGCUUUGCAAUAGGCAAUUAUGUUGUUCGUCGUUCACUUAAUUCAUCUACCAGAAGAUUCGAAUUUAGCAUUCAAGAAGUUCUUGAAGAGGCUGAACCAGAUUGCCAGUGGCCUGAAAAAGAGUAG